AUGUCUUCUCUCCCUCCCGUCUACAUCGUUGCGUCCGCGAGAACCCCCGUGGGUUCCUUUCUAGGAGCAAGUGAACCUACCCCCUUUGGCCCAGCGCAUAUAGCCAGAGCUGACAUCGGGCCCCGUGCAGCUGCCGUACAGAGAGUGCCGGCAAUCAAGCCCAGUGAUGUCGAGGAAGUCUUCUUCGGAAACGUCCUCUCCGCAAACUGCACCCUGAAAAGCUCCGCGCCCAUAAAACCCGCCUUCAUCCCAAGCACCGGCACCGUCACUGCUCCCAACUCCUCCCCACUAAACGACGGUGCCGCUGCUGUCGUCCUCGUCUCCGAAGCCAAGUUAAAGGAACUCGACAUCAAACCCCUAGCCAAGAUCCUCGGCUGGGGUGACGCCGCCAAAGCAACCAGCAAAUUCACCACGGCACCGUCGCUCGCCAUCCCCAAGGCCCUCAAGCAUGCCGGUAUCGCUCAGGAUGCCAUCGACGCCUUCGAGAUCAACGAGGCGUUCAGCGUCGUUGCUCUGGCGAAUAUGAAGCUCUUGGGCCUGAACGAGGAAAAGGUCAAUAUGCACGGCGGCGCGGUUGCGCUGGGACACCCGCUCGGUGCUAGCGGUGCGCGUAUCGUGACGACACUGCUUGGCGUCCUAAAGGCGAAGAGGGGAAAGUUGGGAUGUGUGGGUAUUUGCAAUGGAGGGGGUGGUGCUAGUGCUAUGGUUAUUGAGUCUUUGCAGUAGGCUAAGGGUGGGUUUGGGGCCCGGGAAUGAAGGUGAAUCAUUGUUGUUUAUUAAAAAGGAUACCUUUUCUCCAUUUACAGGACCCUGAUCACCAUCCCCAAAUACACCGGCUUUUUGUAUUUCGGGCUAGGCAUAUAUAUAUAUACAUACCCCUUUGCUGAGGCGGACAUUUUACAUGCCAACUAGAGAGAAAACGAUACCCAUAUAACUGUUUGUAGUAC